AUGGCAUCCGAAGUAAACCAGCUGCUGAACAACAUCGAAGACCUAAAAAUCUCUGACGGUGUUUACAUGAGCGAGAAGGACAAUAUCAUGGGAAUCAUUGCGAGGACGCUGCGCCACAGAAAAGAAGAAGUCGACAAGUCAGCAAUACGAAACGACAUCUUUAAUCGCUUUUCGGCAUUGAAAAGAAUGGAUAGGCCUACAAUGCAUCAAUGGGAUCCCGCAAACUCCUCGAGGGAACUUUUAAACUUCGACCCGAACGACCCAGGUCACAUCUGGCAAGAAGACCAAAAAGGAUGGAAAUAUGCAGUUUCAAAGCUUGGCCACACGAAGAACAUACAGUUUUGGCACACUGAGUUUAUCGAUUCUAGUUAUCCGAAGAUUCCUACGCUUUCACUUGGAAUCUGCACUCUGCCUUUUGACUCGGAUGUUCAAACGAGAGGCAUUUAUAACUGCAAUUCUAUUUGGGUUUAUACAGCCCACAAUGGAAUGUGCUACCACAAGGGAAAAUCGACUAAACUGGAUACAUUCACGAUAGGCGACAUCGUCACGCUCAAACUUGAUCUCACAAAUCGUAAGCUGCUCAUUUCACUCAAUGGAGGACUCUUUCGGGAGGGAUUCUCCUGCCUGCCCCGUAACGAAACUUUCUAUGCAUUUGCCAGCCUUUCGGAUACCAAGGGUAAUCGAACCGACGAGAUACGUAUUGUCCGAUACCCGAGAUAA